UUAUAUAAAGUGAGUCGUCACAUACGCACUCUCAUUCUCAAACUUCCACUCUAAGUUUCUCUCUCACACUUACUUUCAAGCGCAAACCCUCUCUCUCUCUCAAACUGCCACGUCACCUGCCGCCUCCAUGAACGGCGGUGGAGGUGACUUGACGCCGCCGCCGGCUAACGGCGGCGAGUUCCUCCUCUCUCUAAUCCAACGCCCCCACUCCAACCCCCACCCGCGGCCGCAGUCGCCGGCGAUAGAUCCGGCCGUCGCCCUCAUCGGCCCCACGAUCCCCGUCGGCGCUCGGCCGUGGCCAAUCGCCGGCGCUGAUCAGGCGCACCAGCACAACCACCCCCUCCACCAUCUUCCUCCAUGGUCCCACACUCUCUCUUCUCCGCUUUACCCUCCGAACUUCUUCGGGUUGCCCCAUAACCCGUUUCCCCCUCCUCGGACCCACUUCCCUGCCGUCACUCCUAACGCCGUCACUAACGGCGCUAGCCUCACACACGAUCUGCGGAAAUUAGGGUUUCCGAUUGAAGAAAACACCGCUCACGCCCACACCCAAACCCACACCAAUAACAGUAACAAAGUCAAUGCUUUCGUUCAGCAGCAGGAACUGAAGCUUCAGUUUGGGUCUUUGCCCACUGUUGCUUAUUCCGCCGCCGAAGUUUCCUCCAAUGGGGACUCGUUGCUCAAUUUGAAGUUCAACAACAGAGGGUAUGACGGCUACGAUGGGAGCCUGCACGUGGACCACCCCAAUUCGAAUUCGAGUGGGAAUGUGGUUGUUCAGGGUAAUCAUGAUGUUGUGGAGAAGGAAAGAAGAGGGCUUGGGGGUUAUAGGACUAGUGGGUCGUUUUCCUCUGAGAGGGUUCCACCGGGGUUUGCGAACAAGAAUAGGGGGAAGGGUUUGGAGGGUAGUAGGAGGGAUAGGGUCGGUGAAAUGGGUGGUGGUAGGAAUGAGAAUUUGUAUGGUAAGAGGGAAGGUGUGAGAAUGGUGUCUGGCGAAAGGAGCAAUGUUAAGGGCAAUGUGGUGCGUGAAAUGGGGUUUGUUGAUCAGCUUGAUCACGCCGGGAUUAACCUCCAUUCGGUGAAUGAGACUGUGAUUGGUGAAGUUGGUGUUAGGGAUAGUAAGCAUAAGGGAGGUGGGGGGUUAAGGGUGGAGGGUGUUCCUCAGUCUGGUGGAAGUGGUGCUGAUGCUGAUGUCCUUGGGGAGCAGUUAGCUGAUUCCUUGGUUGUAGAGGAUGAAUCUGAUGACAGGUCUAACUCGAAGCAACGCCGCGGACCUCGGGAGAAGGAUGCUAGAUCAUUGGACUCAAGAGGACAGCAUCUCCUGAGUCAGCGGGCAAGGAUGUACAAGAGGCAGAUGAUGUGUAGAAGGGACAUAGAUGUUCAUAAUGUUCCUUUCCUUGCAAUAUACGAGUCUCUAAUACCUCCUGAAGAAGAAAAGCUGAAGCAAAAGCAGCUAGUGGCAUUGUUGGAGAAAUUAGUCAGCAAGGAAUGGCCAACAGCUAAACUUUUUCUCUAUGGAUCAUGUGCCAACUCGUUUGGGGUUUCUAAAAGUGACAUUGAUGUUUGCCUUGCUAUUGAGGAAGCAGACAUGGACAAAUCUAAGAUUAUAAUGAAAUUGGCAGAUAUUUUGCAAUCAGAUAAUCUGCAGAAUGUGCAGGCAUUAACAAGAGCACGGGUUCCCAUAGUAAAGCUCAUGGAUCCAGUGACAGGAAUCUCUUGUGAUAUAUGCAUUAACAAUCUCCUGGCUGUUGUGAAUACUAAGCUUCUUCGGGAUUAUGCACGCAUAGAUGCAAGGCUAAGGCAGCUGGCUUUUAUUAUUAAACAUUGGGCAAAGUCAAGAGGAGUCAAUGAAACUUACCAUGGGACAUUAUCUAGCUAUGCGUAUGUUUUGAUGUGCAUUCAUUAUUUACAAAUGCGAAGACCUGCUAUCCUUCCAUGCUUACAGGAGAUGGAGACAACCUAUUCUGUAACUGUGGAUGAUAUUAAUUGUGCUUACUUUGAUCAAGUUGAAAAACUUGGUGAUUUCGGUCACCAUAACAAUGAGACAAUUGCUCAACUUGUGUGGGGAUUUUUCUAUUAUUGGGCAUAUUGUCAUGAUUAUGCAAAUGCCGUUAUAUCUGUACGCGCAGGAAGCAUAAUCAGCAAGCGAGAGAAGGACUGGACAAGAAGGAUUGGUAAUGAUCGGCAUUUGAUAUGUAUAGAGGAUCCUUUUGAAACAUCUCAUGAUCUUGGACGAGUGGUAGAUAAACAUAGCAUCAAAGUUCUGAGGGAAGAGUUUGAACGUGCUGCUGAAAUCAUGCAGUUUGAUCCAAAUCCAUGUAUUAAACUUUUUGAGCCUCAUGUUCCUAGUUGAUUUGAAUAUAGUAGGUAAUGGACACUCAGCUUGUAAAGCUUCUCUUGCCGCAUUUCGUAUAUUAACAUGUUUAUAAGUGUAUUUAUUACUUAUUAGUUAGGGCUUUUAAAUCAAAAUGUCAUCUCACUGUAAAAAACUUUUUUGGCCUCUUUCUUUUUAUGCGAACGGCAAGAAUUUACUGUUUGUUACGUU